AUGAACGAAGGCCCCGUUGAGUUAGAGGUCGACAACGAAUACCGUCUUAAGUUGGAACGCAAAAGAGAGGCGGAGGAUCUGAAGCGAUUCAGUAAGGCGGUUGCGGAAGGUAGAAUCGUGGAGGACGGAGAAGAAGACGAAUCCGAAUCGGACGAAGCUUCUGACCCAGAGGAGGAGAUUGGAGUCGAUGAAGUCGCAAAGUGGAUGUCUUCUUUAACUAAGUUAAAGGAACAUGAUCCUGAGUUUCUAGCUAGAGGGGAGAGCGAUGAUGAUGAUGAUGUUGUUGAGAAGAAGGAUCGUAAGAAGAAGAAAAAGAAGGUGUACCUGAAAGAUGUUCAGGCGCGGCAAUUACUUAAAGAAGGUCCAGAUGCUGGUGAGGAAGAUGAAGGGAGGAGUAGUAAGAGUGUUCGGACUUACGGUGAGCAGCAAGAGGAGCUGAGGCGAGCUGUGUCCGAUGCUCUGGAGGCUGAUGAGAGUGAUGAUGAUGAUGAGGAUCUCUUGAAAGUCAAGGAAGGAGAUGAUGACUCUGAGGAAGAUGAGGAGCUUAAGGAGAUGGCUGAUGAGUAUUUCGGUAAAGAGUCUGAGCUCGGUGAGGGUGACAGGUUCUUGAGAGAUUACAUGCUGAAACAGAUGUGGAAGGAUAAAGAUGGAAAUAGCAAAACCCAAGUCAUUGAUGAAGAAGAGAUUCAGCAGGUCUCAGAUGACGAGCGGAUGGUUAUUUUGCAAGAAGAGUUCGAGACUAAGUAUCGUCAUGAGGAGAAGGAUGUAGGGGGAAUUGUUAUGAGUCAGUCUAGGUUUGUUGAAGAUUCCGUGAGGAAGAAGGAUAACCCCAGGAAAAAACAGAGACAGAACAGGGAGGAUAGACAGAAGAUUGCUGAGAUUGAGAGGCAAGAAGAGCUUAAGCGUCUCAAGAAUGUCAAGAAGAAGGAGAUUAAGGAUAAGAUGAAGAAGAUUCUUUCUAUUGCUGGUUUUAAGGACGGGGAAGAAUUUCCUUUAGAAUCACGGAACCUCGACGAUGAGUUUGAUCCUGACGAGUAUGAUAAGAUGAUGAAAGCUGCUUUUGAUGACAACUACUAUGCUGCUGAGGACUCUGAGCUACAUAGUGAUGAUGAUGAUGAUGAGAAGCCUGACUUUGACAAGGAAGAUGAACUUCUUGGACUCCCAAAGAAUUGGGAUGUGAUUCAAAGUGGGGAUGGGUUUACUGCCACCAGAGAAAAGGUCUUAAAGCAGAAGGAGGAUGGCAUCAGUGAUGAUGACAAACAGGAAGAGGAAGACGAAGAAGGAGAAGAAGUUGAGGAGGAAGAAGAGAGAGAGGGUAAGAGGAAGAGAAAGAGAAAAGCAUCUCUUGUGAAACGAGCCAACGAAGCUUUGAUGGAGGAGUACUACAAGCUAGACUAUGAGGACAUAAUUGGAGAUCUGAAAACAAGGUUUAAGUUUGCAAAAGUACAACCUAACAGCUACGGGCUAGAGAAGGAAGAGAUCCUCUUCUUGGACGACACAGAGCUGAACCAGUACGUACCAUUGAAGAAGAUGGCUCCUUACAUGGAAAAGGACUGGGAAGUGAACAAAUAUAAGCUCAAGGAGCAGAAACACAAGUUCAGUGAGUUGCUGGAGAGGAUUGAUAAUCCUGAUGAGAAGAGAAGCAAGAAGAAGAGCAAGAAGAGGGAUGCUGAAGAGAAGAAAGAUGUUGUUAAGGAGAAGAAGCCAGCAGCACCGAUAGCAGAUGAGGAAGGCGAGGCUGAAACAAGCAAACUGUCAAGGAAGGCGAAGAGAAGAAGACGUGAAGCAGAGAAGAAGCUUCCUCCUAACAGAAUGGUUGCUUAUGGGAAGACAAAUUGA